AUGGAGAUGGAGGAUGAGAUGGAGGAGGUAGUGGAGCGUGAGGUGAAGGCAGGAGGCGAAAAGAAAAAGGAAAUAAGGGCGGCAGGCUUUAAUGAGCGGGCACUGAGAAACAUCAAGGCUAAGCUAGAGGCUGGGUUGUUGACUCGACAGGAGGCCGCGAGCAAGAAGCAAACGAUUCUUGAAGCGGCGGCGAGACGGAAGAUGAACACGGCGAAAAAAGAGCUAUGGACUCUUGACCCGGCAGCAGAGCGGAAGAAUAGGCAAGAGUGGAGAGCGGCCAAACAGAGAGAGUUAGAGGUAGCUUGGAGACAAGCCAAGUUGAACGAGCUCGACGAGCAGAAAUUAGGAGAGAUCAAGGCGCAGCUGGACGCUGGGGAGUUGGAUGAGCCAAGCGCCAGGGGCAAGGAAACAUGGGUCCAUAAGCAGGCGUUCAGGCGUCAGGAGAUGGAGGCGAGGCAGGCCAAGGAAAGAAAGCUGAGAGGGGAGGUGAGGGAGAGGGAGGUGGCAUCUAUGAAGGAGGCGAAGCUGAAAGGGGAGACGUUUGAUGCUCUAUCGGCUGAGCAGAGGGGCAAGGUGAGGCUGGCAGAGAUUGAAGCGUUUCGGGAGGCUGGGUUUGUGAGGAAGAAGGGGGCUCGUAAUUUGGUGAAGGAAGUUCACAGGGUCACUGCGAAGAGGAAGGAGAAGGAGAAGGCUGGGGGAGUGAAGAGGGGGGGGAAGUGA